CUACCUUUCGUCGACCAUUGCGCGGUGAUUUUAACAAUUACUGAGCAAAAGUCGGUUCUGUACACAGGCUGUGUAUACAAAUGUCGUUUAUAAUGUCUUUCACAGAUGCGGAGAGUGUUGAAGUUCCAGAAAUUGAAAAUGUAUUGAAUUUAGACCCCUAUCUGAAACCUCAUGAAAAAGAAAUUCGACGCCGCUAUGGAUGCUUCAAAAAUCUUUAUGAUAAAAUCAAUGAAUAUGAAGGUGGCUUGAUCGAGUUCUGUCGCAGCUACAAACACUUUGGAAUCCAUGUAACAGAGAACAAUGGCAUUCGAUGCCGAGAGUGGGCACCUGCAGCCGAAGCUGUUUACCUCAGGGGAGAAUUCAAUGACUGGAAGAGAGUGACCCAUCCUUUCCGGAAGCUUGACUUUGGAAAAUGGGAGCUGGAAAUCCCUCCAAAUCCUGAUGGAUCAUGCCCUAUACCUCAUAAUAGUACUAUAAAGCUAGUUGUACUGACUGCUGCUGGUAAAAUGGAAGAUCGUCUUUCCCCAUGGGCAACAUAUGUUGUACAGCCUCAAAACUCAGUAGUCUAUGAUCAGAGGUUUUGGAAUCCUCCUGAUAAUGAGAAAUAUAUAUUCAAGCAUCCUAAGCCUAAAAAACCAGAGAAUUUUAAAAUAUAUGAAUCACAUGUAGGUGUGUCUUCGGAAGAAUAUGGUGUUGCCAGUUACAGUCAUUUUAGUAAAAAUAUUAUACCAAGAAUAAAGAAACAAGGUUAUAAUGCAAUUCAAUUAAUGGCAAUAAUGGAACAUGCCUAUUAUGGUAGUUUUGGUUAUCAAGUGACUAGUUUUUUUGCUGCAUCUAGUCGUUUUGGAAAUCCUGAAAGAUUGAAGGAAUUAGUGGAUAAUGCACAUGCACAUGGUCUUUAUGUCUUGUUGGAUGUCGUUCACAGCCAUGCUUCUAAAAAUGUUCUUGAUGGAUUGAAUCAGUUUGAUGGAAGUAAUUCUUGUUUUUUCCAUGAUGGUGGACGUGGGGAGCAUUCUUUGUGGGGUAGUAGGCUGUUUGACUAUUCUCAAUGGGAAGUUUUGAGAUUUCUGUUAUCUAAUCUGUGCUGGUACAUGGAUGAAUAUCAAUUCGAUGGAUUUCGAUUCGAUGGUGUGACAUCCAUGCUGUACCACCACCAUGGAAUAGGUGCUGGUUUCAGUGGGGACUAUAAUGAAUAUUUUGGUUUGGCCACAGACACAGAAUCUGUCACAUAUCUUAUGAUGGCAAAUUACAUGCUAAAGACUUUAUAUCCUGAAUGUGUCACUAUAGCUGAAGAUGUAUCAGGAAUGCCUGCUCUAUGCCGACCUGUCACGGAAGGUGGCCAAGGGUUUGAUUAUCGGUUAGGAAUGGCAAUUCCGGACAAAUGGAUUGAGCUACUGAAAGAAAAGCAAGAUGAAGACUGGAAUAUCGGAGACAUAGUACAUACAUUAACAAACCGUAGGUGGAUGGAAAGAACUGUAGCAUAUGCGGAAUCACAUGAUCAGGCUCUGGUUGGUGACAAGACCAUAGCUUUCUGGUUAAUGGAUAAAGAUAUGUAUGAUUUUAUGUCAGUUCUAACGCCACUUGUGCCAACUGUAGACCGUGGCAUUGCUCUGCAUAAGAUAAUACGUUUGAUCAGUCAUUCCUUAGGUGGCGAAGCAUGGCUGAAUUUUAUGGGUAAUGAAUUUGGCCAUCCAGAAUGGCUUGACUUUCCCCGUGUUGGUAAUAAUGAAAGUUAUCAGUAUGCCAGAAGACAAUGGCAUCUGGUUGAUGAUGAGCUGUUGCGUUAUAAGUUCCUCAACAAUUUUGAUAGAGCUAUGAAUGAAACUGAAGAGAAGUAUCGAUGGUUAAAUUCAGGCCCUGCCUAUGUUAGCUGGAAGCAUGAAGAUGACAAAGUCAUUGUAUUUGAAAGAGCUGGUUUGUUGUUUGCAUUUAAUUUCCAUUCCACAAAGAGCUUUCCUGACUAUAAAAUUGGUGUUGAAAUUCCUGGAAAGUAUAAAAUAGUAUUGGACAGUGACGCUGAAGAAUUUGGAGGUCAUAAGCGAUUGGAUCACAACACAGAUUUUUUUACAUUUCCUGAACAUUAUAGUGGAAGACAAAAUUCUAUGAUGAUUUAUAUUCCAUCUAGGGUUGGAAUUGUUUAUGCUCGUGUGGACUAGUUAUGGACCAUUCUAUAUAGUAGUAGAACUUAACAAGUUGCCAUAUAUUUGCAGUACCUGAAUGUGGUAUAUCUAGUUGCAUUAUUGUGAAAUUUGUUAGCUAUACUAGAAGUUUACCAAAAAUUUUUAAAUUUACUGGGACAUUGUCAAAUUUUUGUAGUAAUUGUUAUUUUUUAUCUGUUAUUGUUUGAAAAAUUUAUAAUUGCUGUUUUAAAAGACUUCUUGUAUAUAGUUGAAAUUGACUUCAAAGUUUUAGAAUUUGGAAACUGAAUAUUAAAUGAUUUUGUUUAAUAAAGGCUUUAAUCUCUUUGCACACUUUGUAUGGCUCUAUACACAAGUUUUUAUUGCAUAAAAAAAUUUAAAAGCACAAAUCAUGGAUGCUCGUGUGGACUAAUUAUGGACCAUUCUAUAUAGUAGUAGAACUUAAUAAGCUGCCAUAUAUUUUCAGUACCUGAAUGUUGUGUAUCUUGUUGCACUAUUGUGAAAUUUGUUAGCUAUACUAGAAGUUUACCAGACAUUUUAAAAUUUACCGUGACUUUGUCAAAUUUUUGUAGUAAUUGUUAUUUUUUUACAUGUUAAACAAUUUAUAAUUGCUGUUUCAAAAGACGUCUUGUAUAACUGAAAUUGACCUCAAAGUUUUAGAAUUUGGAAACUGAAUAUUAAAUGAUUUUGUUUAAUAAAGGCUUUAAUUUUAAUCUCUU